UUGUAUCCAGCAUCUCAUUAUCAAAAGAGAACAAUUUCAUUAUCUACGUCUCGUAUCCCAAAUAAUUUAUUUUUGGGAGAGUGCAGUAUUUAUCGGUUUUUCCUAAACGCUCUAUCGCAGCUUCACGUCUCGUUAUCUCUUUCCGCGGUUUUACUGAAAAAGAAACGCUGUUGAGAGCGAGCACGCGACGCGUCUGAGGGAGAAGCUCGCGCUCUUUGUUCAUUCAUUUGAUCUGCUGGGAUUCUUUGUUGCGCGUGAAAGCAUGGGAGCGCAAAUCUCCAAAAACGGAGCAAAAGAGGAAACCGCUGCCGAAAAGCCAUCAGAGGCAGCGAAUAAAUCAAACGGGCAGGAGAAUGGUCACGCUAAAACCAACGGGAAUGCCUCUCCAAAGGCAGAUGCUGCCACAGAAGAUGUGCAAGCCAACGGCAAACACUCCCCUGAUGGAGAAGUAAAAGCAGAAGAAGGGAAAGCUGAGGAAGGAGGUGCAGAGAAGGCCGCUACAGAAGGUGAAGGGGAGAGUUCUGCCGUCGCCAACGGCGAGGACUCGGCCAAGCCAGAGGAAAAUGGCGCAGCUUCGGCGAGCACCGAGCCUGCCAAACAGAAAAAGCGCUUCUCUUUUAAGAAACCAUUCAAACUUAGUGGCUUCUCGUUUAAGAAGAGUGCCAAAAAAGAGGCUGAAGGUGGAGAGGCAGCAGCACCAGCCGCUGCCGAGAAUGGAGAGGAGAAAAAAGAUGCUCCAGAGUCUGAGGAGGCCAAGCCUGAGGCCUCCAGCGAAGAAGUCAAGACGGAGGCUCCAGCCGAGGAACCCAAAGCUGAGGAACCAGCUGAAAGCAAUGAGGAAAAACCAUCCGCUGAAGUCGUCGAGGAGAAGCAAGCGGAGGCCGUACCUCAAGAACCAGCUGCCGCGGAGAGUUCGGAGACCCCGGCCGCCACAGAAUAAGAUGGAGGUGAAAGGAUGAAGUCCGAGGAGCACAAACAUGGAAAAUUUGUACAAAAACCAAUGACAUUUCAAACCUUCUGUUUUAACCCAUACUUUCAUUUCAUCCAUUCUUGUUCCAUCCACUACAUUGUACAUGUCAUUUUGAAGGAAGGGUGUUGGAUGGAGUGAUUGGAAAGUGAAAGGCACAAUUUUUCCCAUGUUCUUCAUCAGUUUUUUGUAGCAGUUGUGUAAGUGACGCGUGCGUGCGUGCAUGAGUGAGAUUAAUCGCAUUGCCUGUUUCAUACUUUUUUGUUUUUGUUUUGUAGGUGAACUAUGUUAGUGUCAUAAGGACAUUGAGUUGAAAUGUUAGUUGAAGGUACUGGCGCCAUACAAUUGGGUAAAUCAAAUGUGUGGAAAGAAAGAGAUCAGAAGCGAUGUCAUCAAACAAUUUACAGAUGGUAUUGGUCGGUUCUCAUUCUAUUUGACUGUCAUCUGCUACAUGAAUCACUGAAAUUAGGUGCUCAGCCUCAAACGCUGCGUUGUGCAGUACUGCAGCAUUAUGUAUUGGUAUUGGCUUUUGUCAUUGCUGGGUUUUAUGAUGUUGAUAAAAUGGCUUUCAUGUUUUUCUUAAUAUCUGUGGUAUUAAAUGAAGUAUUUUUUCUCUGGAGAUACUCGUUUCAGUGAGAAUGAUGUUCUGAUAUGUUCAAGAUCAAAACUUUUGACCUGUCGUGUAAUGCAGUCAAAGUGGUUUUAUUCCAACACAGUUCCACAAAUGUAUGAAAUUUGCCAGUGCAAUCGUCAAGUAGAUUUUUUUCCCUGUAAAUACUUCAGCACCAUCUCUACUUGAUUUUUAAAUGGAAUGUAACUGCGUGCAAAUUGUUCACAAUGCUUCUUUUACCCCUGCAUUUUAGGGGCAUUCAAAACAAAAAUAAAGGAUUUAGAAAGAGAA